CAGCCCAUGUAAAGCGGGCGCUGCUUUGUUUUUCCAAAUUGUCCCAUCCAAUUUUCUAAAGCUUCUAGAAGCUCCGAGCGUUUUUUCGGUUUCUAUUUUUGUUGUUUUUUUAUAUUUCCGGGAACUUUUUUUUUCAAAUGUAUGAACUUUUUCAAAUACAUGAAUAUUUCUUGAAUGCGUGAACGUUUUUCAAAUCACGAACUUUUUCUGAAUAUGUGAACUUUUUAAAACCUGUGGUUUUUUUUUUAACUCAUGAACUUUUUCAAGUUCACGUUUUAUUUCAAAUCCACGAAUUUUUUUUUUUGAGUUUGCAAACUUUUUCAAAUCCACAAACGUUUUCUUAUACCCUGUUUGCUGGAAAACCAACGUCCGCAGCCACCUGUUCCGCUUUCGCCCCGUCCCUCCCGGCCUACUAUGUCCCGUUUAUAUUUACCCACUCCUCUUCCACUCUCCUCUCAACAACACAAAGCUUCAGCUCAAUUCCCCUUCACGGUCACCAGCUAAUCUGCAGCGAUCAGUGUGUCCAUCAACGCAGCAGAAAGGAAUGAGAGGAGAUAUGGCAGCAGGUCCGGGCAAGGCGUCGUGGACGGCGGCGAUGAGCGUGGGCGCCGUGGAGGCGCUCAAGGACCAGGCCGGCCUCUGCCGCUGGAACUACGCGCUCAGGUCCAUUCACCGAGCUGCCAAGGGCAAGUCCAACGUCCGAGCCGGCGUCUCGCAGGGCAAGAAGCAGCUGCCUGCCUCUGCGGCCGCGGUGGCGGAGAAGGCCGAGGAGGGGCUGAGGACCGUGAUGUACCUCAGCUGCUGGGGUCCCAAUUAGUACCAGCUACCUUCUUCUAGUUCUAGCCUCCGUUAGAAGAAACCUCUAGCAACAACCACGCCGUGUCACUUGGCUGGUUUAGUUCCCUCCUGAUUGUAAAUGUAUCACUCGAUGAUGAUGAAAUUCCCCUGCUUGAGUUCACAAUGCCCUGCUUCAGAAUAUGGCUUUACAUUCCCCUCCAAUUCCAAACUGUCUGUUCGUUUCAGAUUCUUUUGGAAUAUUAUUGCUUCUAGUUGGUCACGAUUAAGCUCUGCCCGUUGCUCCAUUCAAUGCUUCGAUGGGCAGGAUCGGAGAACACUUGGAUGGACGGAACAAGAUCGUUGGCCCAAAAUAAUUGAUCGUCGCCCAGUUCUAAACAGACAAGUUGGGGUAUUGGAAGUAAACCAC